CUCAGCCCGGGAUCGCCUUCAUUCCUAUAGAUCCACGCGUCUUCCCUCCCGGGAGGGCUGCCCCCUCCCUUUAUAAAGAGACUCGGGGAGGGGGAUUUGCAACCACACCGGGUGAUGUCAGCUCUCGACUAAAAUAGAGAGGGAUAGACUGCAAAUCCACCGUUAAAGCCUUCCAAUCCAGCCUCAGCCAACAAACACCAUGGCAAUGUGAAGUCACCCACCGCCUCUUCCACAUACACACAACCCCCUUCGCCUCCCUCCCUCAAACACACACACACAAACAAACACACACACACACACUGCACUCCCUCGCCAGGCAGCCCUCCGGAUAAGCGCAGAAAGCCAAGGAUCGUAGCGCAGGUGCCCACCAGCACACAGCCUCGGAGCCCUUGCCUGUCGUUUGCCAUUGACCAUCUUCUCUCUUCGCCCCCCUCCCUCCCUCCCCUAUUUCAUAUUCUCUCUCUCUCUCUCUCUCUCUCUCUCUUUCCACUACUACCCUGAAGACAUUCAAGCCUCUGGAAGGAGACGUUGAGAAACCUCCCUCCGAGUAGCAGGAGCAAGAGGAGGUGGCGGCGUCGGGGCUUAGAUCUCGAGCCCAGCCAAGCUUCUUGGAUGAUCGCCUUUCGGAGCCGGGAGGAUUAUACAGGGCAGGAACUAAAGGGGUUCUGCGACGCCCAAAGAUAAAAGGAGAAGAAGUAGUUUCCCCACCCGGAAAGCGGCCGCGCGUGGUUUAAACCCUUGGAUUUCUUGGGAAGGCAAGACAGGGGGGCUUCCGCGGGACCAUGGCAUCGACAGAAGGUGCCAACAACAUGCCAAAGCAGGUAGAAGUGCGAAUGCAUGAAAGCCACCUGAGUCCAGUGGAGGUUCGGAAGAAGAACAUAUGUGUGCGGCUCUGCCUUUCGCUCAGAAAAAAUCUGCUCCUUUCACUUACUGUAUUUGGUGUCAUCAUGGGCGCAUUGUGUGGGGCACUUCUUCGCAUGGCGGCACCUAUUAAUCCUGAUGUCAUCAUGUUGAUAGCCUUCCCAGGAGAUAUCCUGAUGCGGAUGCUAAAAAUGUUGAUUCUUCCUUUAAUUAUCUCAAGCUUAAUCACAGGUCUGUCUGGCUUGGAUGCUAAGGCUAGCGGUCGGUUAGGUACAAGAGCAAUGGUUUACUAUAUGUCCACGACGAUCAUUGCUGCUAUAUUGGGAGUUAUUCUGGUCUUAGCCAUUCACCCCGGCAAUCCAAAGCUCAAGAAACAGCUGGGAGAAGGAAAGAAGAACGACGAAGUGUCCAGCCUUGAUGCUUUCUUGGAUCUUAUCCGAAACUUGUUCCCAGAAAACCUCGUACAAGCAUGCUUUCAGCAGAUUCAAACGGUCACCAAGAAAGUGCUUGUCCCUCAAGAGAUCGAUGAACCAGCCAAUGCAACAGACUCCAUCUUUGACAUGUUGAAUGAAACAGAAGUGACACCAGAACCUCAGCUAGUCAUUAAGAAAGGCCUCGAAUUUAAGGAUGGCAUGAAUGUCUUAGGACUCAUUGGGUUCUUCAUUGCUUUUGGUAUUGCAAUGGGCAAGAUGGGAGAACAAGCCAAGAUGAUGGUGGAUUUCUUCAAUAUCUUGAACGAGAUUGUAAUGAAGCUGGUAACCAUGAUUAUGUGGUACUCGCCACUGGGCAUUGCCUGCCUCAUCUGUGGAAAAAUCAUUGCAAUCAAGGACCUGGAAGUAGUUGCUAGGCAACUUGGAAUGUACAUGGUAACUGUGAUCAUAGGCCUUAUCAUCCAUGGAGGGAUCUUCUUGCCUUUGCUGUACUUCGUGGUGACAAGGAAAAACCCCUUCUCAUUCUUUGUGGGCAUCUUUCAGGCAUGGAUUACUGCGCUAGGCACUGCUUCGAGUGCUGGUACACUGCCUGUUACCUUUCGCUGCCUUGAAGAAAACUUGGGCAUUGAUAAGCGUGUGACAAGAUUUGUCUUGCCUGUUGGGGCCACUAUUAACAUGGAUGGGACUGCCCUAUAUGAAGCUGUGGCAGCUAUCUUCAUAGCACAGAUGAAUGGAAUUGCGCUGGAUGGUGGACAGAUAGUCACUGUCAGUCUGACAGCUACGCUUGCGAGUGUUGGAGCUGCGAGUAUACCCAGUGCAGGAUUGGUGACCAUGCUUCUCAUCCUCACCGCAGUGGGCCUUCCCACACAGGACAUCAGCUUACUUGUUGCUGUAGAUUGGCUUUUAGAUCGAAUGAGAACCUCUGUCAAUGUUGUGGGAGAUUCCUUUGGAGCUGGCAUUGUCUAUCACCUCUCCAAGGCAGAGUUGGAAAACAUUGAUGCCCAUCACAAAGGGCACGAAGAUAUUGAAAUGACCAAGACACAGUCCAUUUAUGAUGACAUGAAAAACCACAGGGAAAACAACUCAAACCAGUGUGUUUAUACAGCCCACAACUCUGUCAUAAUAGAUGAGUGCAAGAUUGAGAAACAUUGAAAGGGCAGAACUGAUUCAGUACAAAAUAAAAACACGUCACCCUGGCAACAAACGGCAAAUCUGCAGACUUCAAUGCUGUUGAAGAAGAACCUUGGAAACAUGAGAAAUAAGGAAGGAACAAUCCAGGUCCACCUCUAAUAAGCCCCAGAAGUUGUCUUGUGGUAAAAGCUGGUAUCAAGAUUCAAGAAGAUUUUUCACUGUCUUCAUUUAGUAUAAAAACUAUUUGCUUAUUUAAUGCUCUUAACGGAAACUUAGAAACAGCCUCAUAAAGUCAUUGCUCCUUUAGCAUCUUUGCCAAAUAAUUCAUAACCAUCUCUCUCAGUUGUGUCACCACUUGAAUGGAUGUGGCUGAAGGACACUGUCAGUUCAAGAGAUGUAUUUUUGCUGGGCUUCCUCUGUUCAACUCAAGACGUAGAGAAUGUAGAUGCUGCAAAAGAGGAAAGAUCAGAAAGCCCCGAUGGCUGGUGAGACUCGGGCUAAUAAGCAUUAAGUAUAAUGUAAAGGGUGCAGUCUUUUGCAAUGCCUCUUCUCCUGCUGUAGAUGUCAACCAGCACCUUGGUGCAUAUCAAAUACAGUUAGCACUGUGGACUGUAAUAUAUGAUCACUGUAAAUGUUUUAUAUGUGCUUUAUUAAUACGUGGCAUAUGAUAUUCUCAGUUCCCUAUUAUUCAUGCCAUCCUCACAUCGAUGGUCAUAUCCCAGUUCUUUUAACCAUCCAGAGCCCCAUGCAUGCCAGAUCUAUGUAGUCACCCAGGGGAUAUCAUUUUCGUCAUUUCCAUCACCCAAUACUUGAAGGUAUAGGAAAAUGAUUUGCAGUUUAUAGUGGUGGGUGGGUGUGAAUGCCUGUGUGCACGGUCCCCAAAAAUGAAUUAACCCCUGGGCAGCAUGUAUACAUGGCUUGACCAUGAUUUUUUCUCCAAUUGAGUUCAAUGGACUGUAUUGCCAGUAUAUAAAUUUAGGUGUGGAAUAUGUAGUUUUCAGAGCUAAUAAACCAUCCCAGAUUGUAUGCCAUUCAUACUAGCAACUAGCACAAUUCUGAUUAUCCAUACAAGGAGAAACAUAGACUGCAAUAUGUGGCUGUCUCAAUCCAGCGACGUCAAAGUACCCUAUAGAUGCAUAUCACUGGUAUUUCAGCAGGAAAAUCUGCAGCAAGUAAUAUCUUGUCACCCUUUUGCUGAGACCUGGGAUGGAAUAAGGUGCUAUUCUUUAGGGAUAAAAUGUCUGCAAAUAAAUCACAUCUUUUGCAUUCAUUUUGCUAAAAAGAAACUUAGCAGGUUUAAUAUUGUUUAACAGCUGGAAGCUAUUUAUACACUGGCGAAAAUGUUUUAUAUGUUUGGUCCUUGUGAACAGAGAACUGAAACGUAAGAUAUGGUAACAAUCUUGUCAGUUAUAUCUUGUUUGUACAAAUGGGUUUGGGUAAAGAAUAUCCAUUCAGAAUUGUAACAGAAUUCUAUUUAGUAAUUGUUGUGAUGCCGAAACUGCAAUAAUUCCUUGACAACCCAUCAUAAAAGGACACGCUGCCACAGCAAAUAUCUGCAAGUUGGAGCAGGAAAGAUUGAAUCUCUUGUUGAUAGAUCAUAGAAUUGCAGAGUUGGAAGGGUCAGUGAGGGUCAUUUAGUCCAACCAUCUGCAAUGCAGGAAUCUUUUGCCCAACAUGGUGCUAGAGCCAAAAAUAUUGAGAUAAAGUGUCUCAUUCUCUACUAACUGAGCCACUCUGAACAUGUUUGCCUUCCUGCAGACAUACAGGGUAUUAUCCUUUACCAAACAGGCAUGAAGGAUUUCCCAUAGUUUUCAACAGAAUCAUGUUUCUCCCGUUUGCUCUCUCUGAAUACAUGAACGUAACUUCGCAGGCUGAGUCAUAGGAGGACUGGCUUUGUCUCCCAUUAAACCAGCCUGCGCACCCACUCUUCUUGAUCACCUUGAAUUCUGGAGGUCAUAUAAUUUAACUAAGCGGCCAGAGAUGAGGUGGGGUAGGUUGUGUGGGAGAGCUGUGCUCAUAUCUUUCAUUUCCCAACUAAUUUGACACACUGAAGGGAGAGAGGAGAAACAGCUCUGCUGAUUCCUUGACAUAAAGGCAGUGUGCUCUUCUGGGAAGGAAUCUACCAGUGGAUUUUUAUAUUCUGAUAUUAUACUUUUCAUGGAAUACAUACAUUUUGUAGAACUGAAGGCCCUACCCCAUCUUUUGUGUACAUGCUCAUGUUAACAUCAAUGAGGUACCAUGGGGAUUGCUUACAUAGGCAUUUCUAUUCUUCCCCACAUCACUUUAUACUUGGUGGCUGUUCAGUGCACAAUUAGAAUGAGCAAACAAGGUACUGAGCCAGCAAUGUGAUUUCCAGACCCCUGUCUAGGUUAAUGGUUUGAACAACACUAAUAAAAAAAUACCCCAUUGCUUUUAUUUUAUUUUAUAAACUAGGAAGACGUUCUCAAAUUGAAACGGGGAUAAAUUCUGCAUGUGUGCAGAGUUAAGAUUUUUUGAACGGAUAUCAACAGAAAGAACACCUUUUACAAAACGAGGGGGGAGGGAGGGAUUUUUGUAUGUUUUAUAACUCAGGGAAUUUCAAUCUUACGAUACUCCUUUCCCAACAAUAUAAAACAGGGAGAGGGAAGCAACUAUUAUAUUGGAGGCCUGCAUAUUUUAUCUUCUAGAUAAAUGCUAUUACAUAAUUCUGUUGUGCUAACUGGUCAACUGACUGUCCACAAGUAUUUCUAUUUAAUUAUGAAGUCUAAAUAUCCUUAGCUGCCAUUUCAUAGUUUGCUUAGCCAAUAUGAAUCUAGGUUGCUAAACCAGGGAAAAAAUAAAAAUAAAAACGAACCCUGUAAGUAGUCACAACACUAACACACAUUCCUUUUUUUAAUAGACACUUCUUCCAACUUGCAAAUGUUCUAUAUUUUCAACAUGAAUUUGCACACUAUGCUUUUUCCUACUAGCCUGAGGCAUGCCAUCUUUCGAUACUAUGUUCCAUUCCUCUCUUAUUAGGAUGCAGCUUCUACCAAGGGGCAUGUAAAAUCAACUGUAAUCAUCUCUGCAACCUAAUCUCCCAUCUCCAACUGUCCCUUCUGCCCAGACUUGUGAUAGUAAUCUAUACAGAAUCAGUGACAGGAAACAAUUAAAAGUAUUAUUUGUAGGAAGUUAUACAGAAGACCCUGACAUUUCACCAACACUUCAAGCUCUUUCCAGCAAGAGUGUGCAUAGUAAGAGCAUGUGUGUGUUUUAGUGCUUUCCCUGCUUAGGCUCAAAACCUUUCCCUUUUAGUUUCAGUCAUUCCUGGGCAGGUGAAUGCUUAAGUAAGUAGCAGGUGAGAAACGAUUUCCACUUCAUUUGCUUCUCUUGACUAAUUUUGCACCAGCACUUUGGAUAAAAUGAUUUCUUUGCUCAGGUCUCGCUUGCUAGUCUGCAUAAUUAAGAGGACCUUGCUUUUACCUCUUUGUAGAUUCUUUAUCAAAGGGAUCUAAGAUUUCAAAAUGCUGAUAAUCUGCCUCACAUUGUCGUCAAGGGAAAUGAAGGAUGGUGAGCACUUUGCAUUAGACCUUCUCUAGCAUCCCAUUUGCUUGAAAAAGGUGACCAGGUUGUAAUUUUGUAUUGCUCUUGGGUGGCUUGGCUUUGUUCUUUGGCUAGUACCAUUUAAGGACUUCAGAAAAUAAUUAAUGGCAUAAGGUGACAUCCAGCAUGAGUCAUACUCAGAGCAGACCUGUUGAAAUUGAGUACAUUGAUUUGCAUGGGUCUGCUUGGACUAUAACUAAUGGGUGGGUACACUUAGGCUCCCUUGCACCUUUGGCAAGGAGACACAUCCCCCUCUUAUCUUGCACCCUUGCAAGAGGAUCCUGCACAUGUCUCCUGGUCUCCCUGAGCAGGGAAGAAGCAGCCUGGGGAGUGUGUGGACCGGCAAGUGGGCUCCUACUUAACCUGACCAACCCCUAGAUACACCCCUGGGUGGGUAUCUUCCUUAGAUUUCAAGGACAGCAGGCUGAGGUUUGGUCUUUGCUGGUGGCAAUUCCAUUGAUGUUCUGCCUUCAGUGGAUUUCCAUAGGACAUAAUCAGUAAUUCAUACUUGUAUAAGUAAAUCUCUUGAGUGUGGGGAAGGAUCCAAACUCUUGUGCCCUAUUCCUAUUUACUUUAACCCUCCUCUACAUAAGAAGCUGGAGUUUCUCCUUUUCUUCUCAUAGCUCCUUGGCUCUCCUCCCCUCUCAUUUGUAUCUCCUCUAAUCUUUUCUUCUACCAAAUGUCUCACCUGUACUUCUCUAGUUUCUCAAAACAAAAAAACAAACAAAAAAGCCCCUCUCUCUUCCUGCCCAGACAUGACCCUGGGCCUGGAGCUCCUUCUAUCUUUCUCUUGUUCAUCAUUGUGAUACCUGUUAUCUCGCAGCUACUAACAUUUUUUCAAGCAGCCACUCUAGCCAUGUUACUCCAUCUCUAAUGCACUUCUUUUCUCUACAUGGAGAGAGAACUUUAUGAUGCCUGAACAUCAGUGGGCUGGGCAGAGGUUCAUUGAGAUACAUGGGAUAGGUAAGGAAGAAGAGGGAGCUGGUCCUCCAUAUGUAAUGGAGGUAUGAAGCAAUGAAACAGAAUGAUGACAGUCCUCCAGUGUUACUGGUCAACAUUUGUCACAAUUAAGCGUAUUGUUUUCCAUUUAUUGUCCACACAACUUCAGUGGGGUAGCAUUUUAUGUCACUAUUUGGGUUAAAAUGGCUUGAGUUCGGCAUAAUGCAUGUGUAGUUAUCUAGUCACCAGUAUUACAUUCAUUCUGAUUAUGUGACUAAGCCAAGUUCUUAAGCAGACCAAGCUUUGUGUUGCUGCAAGUUUGCCUACUAUGCACUGAAUGGCAUCACACACUUGCUUGGAUGUUUGGUUAUAACACAAGUCAACCUACCUACAUUUCAGCUGACUGAAAGCAGCCUCUAAGCCACCCAACACUCUCUCAGUUGUCUUGGAACAGCCUUAACCAGCGGAUAAAGAGAAUUCAUUAUCCAACCCAGUCUUUGUUGGGUUUAUUACGGUAUUUCUUAAAAGGCAGAAAGCAAAUAUGUGCACAUAGGACCUCUACAUAUUCAGGGAUCCCCAUUCCAUUAACUGGAGGGAUCUGAUUUAUUCCUUCAAAUCUGAUCUAUUGCUGGAACAAGAAGAUUAUUUGAAAUUAAGUUCCUUUUCAAUCAGUGGCACACACAUCCCUCAACUAUUGUCUUUAAAACCAGGGUUUGUGCACAUUUAUUCAAGACAAGGACACAAUUUAAUACUGUGAGUCUUUCACAUUAACAGUAUUUUGUACAUAGCACAUAAUGCUUCACAGGGAUUUUUUUCAUUGAUUUUUCUACAGCUUUGGAAGCUUAUUUGCAAAUCUUGAUUACCAGUUGAUAUUUUUCAGUCAGUGCUGUAGAUUCCAACAUUCCAUUUUUUAACUUCUUCCAAGCUUCUUCUUCAAGCUUCCUUUUGAAUACUGCAACAACAAAAAUCCCCUUCUUUCCUGUCCUUCCUAGUGUGAACUGUAAUUUAUGGAAUGCAUGAGGAAAAUAUGUAUUUCUACUUCUAAAUACAUCUUCAAUUCUAAUGUAGGCAUUUAUUCAUACCUUUUGUCCAGCAGCCACAAACUACAGUGUAGACUGAAUUAACAAAUUUAGUAUCUGUAAUUUGCAGACAUACUGAUAUUUUCUUAUACUGUUUACAGACAUACCAAUAUUUUGUUAUACAACCUUAUAAGACAGAGAGAGAAAGCUACAAUAUUUACAGGGAAUCCAUAUUAAAGGGGAAAUGGAAAAUUUUCUUAUAACAUAUAUAGAUUCAUAAAAAUUAUCUGUGUUAUAUUAAAUUAACGUAACCCUGUAAACUUUAUUUAUAACCUCUAAGCAAAGCACAAAUAGGAAAUAAAGGUGUCUUUAAAUGCUGCAGUUCAUUAUGGAACACUAUGUUGUUAUAAUAAUCUUAAGAUUGAUCAGAUGAACAAAUGAUUGAUCUGUUAUUUUUGAUACUUACAGUGUAAUCCUAUGCAUGUUUACUCGGACAAAAGACCCACUGUGUUAAACAGUGCUUACUCCCUAGUAAGUGUGUUUAGAAUCACAGCCUUAACCUGGUGUCUUUACCAGGAGAAUUAGGAAGGGUCUCCACCCUGCAAUAUACAAAGAGUCUGAUCCAGAAUAAUUUAUUCACCAGUAUAUUUUGUCCCCCAACCCUUCUCCUUACUGCAUUUUCCUGUAGUCCCCAAAGUUUCCAAUGGAAUCGAUUACAAAGUCUGUGUACUUUAGGAUUGCAGCUUCUGAAGAAGGCCCUGAUCCAGCUGUAGUCAUGGGCCAUCAGGCAUAAGAACUGGUGUCCCGUAAUUGGCAUCAAGUGAUGCAUCCAGCUAGUUCAAAGUGGCUUGGGUGAGAAUCAUAACGUGGAAGGAGAUGAGCAUCUGUAUUUAUUUAUGUGCACAGACGAUAUUUGCUGGAUUGGCCAGAAGCCUUCAGAGACCAGGCCUGCAGUUCCUCCACAGUCUUUUCUAGACUGGCUAAAGUAACUGGCUUUGCCAGUUCACUUCAAAGCCAGAUCACAAGUUUUGCUGUUCGACAAAUACUGUACAAGAAAGGAGGCGGCAGCAAAGCCGAUAAGGGGUCAUAGUUAUUUAAUGAAUAACAGCCCAAACUUAGCCAUGUGUACUCGGAAGUGAGUCCUGUUGAAUUCAAGGGGGGUUAUUCCCGGGUAUGUGGGUUUUAUGCAGGGGGAAGGGAACAGAAGACAGGCAAAUGGCCACAUUCAAUGGCCUGCUGAGCUCUUGCUGGUGUAGUCAGAAGUGAGGUUGGAAUGGAUCUUUUGUUUUUCCUUGUCUUCUUCCUGACCAAGAAUUUAUUUUAGGCUAGGACACAAAGGUUUCCACAGGGAGAGUAUCAACGAAGCUGGAUCUUCCUCUGGAGGGCAGAGCUUUGCCCUUAUAGUGUGAAAUUGAAUCGGUUUUAUGGCCAUGGAACACCUCAGUGAUCAUAGGGUUGCAGGGUCUGUCACGUAAAAUGAUAUUUAUACAAGUUCAGACAAUGUAAGGAACUGCAGAACUGUGUUUCAUGUCUUUGCCUUUGUACAAAAGGACCAAACAACAUUCUUAUGGGACCAUGUCAAUCGACUUGCACAUAUAGAAAUACCUCCUGAUUUUUAAGACAUUUAUAAGAAAGCAAGCGGUAUAUUUUUCACCAGGAUGAAUGAGAUCUGUUUUUCUUUUAUUUCCUUAGCAGUUAAUUAUAAAGUAUCUCUAGUCCUAUGGCCUUGCUAUUACCCAAGCACAUUGAAUGAGCAAAUAAGAGUUAUUAAAACCUGAGGAACAGCUUAAAUACAAUGUAGAUGUUGUCUCUUGGCACACCAACUGCACAGCACACAGAGCAGAGGAUAUGUACUGAAACCAUCAACGAUCCAUGAAACAGGUAUAUUUAACUAGAGAAACCUGUUGUACAUGCCUUGCGUUUGGGUGAGCAAACUGUACAGUAGAUCUAGAAUGUUGUCAAUGUAAACUUAUUUUGUAAUCCUCUUCUAUUUUAAAAGCAGAGUUUUCAAAUACUCUCGUAAUUAGAGCCAAAUGUGUUCUAGUGGUAAGAUAAAAGUACUAAUGAUAGCUGUCAAAGCAUGACACUCUUAUGAAUACCAGUCUUGGUGCGUUGUUUUCCGCAUGAAGAACAGUGCCUCUCCGCACUUUGUGUAGAUAAUGUAGCUUAUCUUUGUGUAAUUUCAGUGAAAUUGUGUAUACAGUAUUAAUAGUUGCCAUUUGGUUUUUAAUUUAACAUCAGUUAUGCUGGAGUAGAAACUUUAUAAUAUGUUCCGAAAAGAAUUUGGGUUGGGUUGGCUGCUUGUCAGUAUUUCCAUCCCCAGGUAUUUAUCAGAAUAAUCUCCAUAGGCAGAUAACUGGUUUUAUAUGUUGAUAAUAUAAACAUGUUGGUGCAUGUCAAAGUCUGAAUAAUUGUUGGAACCUUUUAUUGCAGCCGAUUCAUUGUACAUAUGUUAGUCUUUGUUUUUAUAUAUCUAACCAGCAGCAUGCGAGUGUGUGUGUAUGUUUGUAAAUCCCUGGCACUUAGUGAAUGUGACUGGCCGUCUCAUUUUGCUGCACUGUGAAUGCAAUAUCACUGCUACAUUAAAGAAUUAAUGUAGGCAUAUUAUUCUGAGUUUAUAAUAUUAAUAUAUUUUCGUCUGUAUACCUGAUAUGUUGGAAAUGUAGAGACAUGAUUAUUAGUAAGUCGCUGCAUCAGUUAGCUCAUUGGUCAGAAGUAAAAACAAACCUUGCUGUACUCUUUACUUUGGAUGCCAUGCUUAUCGUUUGCAAUUGCAAUGUCUGUUUCUGCAUUGCAACAUGGACUCCUGCUGUCAUCCAACAACAUUUCAAGAUUCCUCUGAUGUUCAUUUGCUUUCACUUGUUCACUGACAACAGUAUCCACUGAAGAAUCUGCAUAACCUGAGCCUGUCAUUUUGCUUUAAAUCAAGGCACAGACAUGCCUGUUAAUAGACACUGGACUGUUUCCAGCUAAGUUUACUCAGAAUAGACACACUGAAAUUAAUGGACCCAAAUUGGCCAAAUCCAUUAAUUUCAAUGGAUCUACUCUGGGUUUAUCUAAUGCUGGAUGCAAGCCUAUCAUUAUCAUUCUUAAGAUUUGUGUUACACCAGCUAGCCAGAAGCACAGAGGCAAAUACUGCUUCCAUUUUUCAAAAGUAAGCAUAUGAAAAAUUAUAACAAAUCCCAUUCAUGUCAGUUUUGGAAACAGACAAACAACUGUGUUUUUGAGGUGUGCUUUACCUGUUGUGUUUAUGUGCAGUUGUAUCUCAGAAUUUCCAUGCACCAGUAAUCAUACUUUUUAUAUAUUAAGAAUUUGAAUGUCUCUGAUAAUAAAGAAGCUCUCUGAAAAAGAGCUACUAGUGGAAAGGCUGGCAGGAUUCACUGUUGCUUUCACUCAAUAAAUGUAGCACCUUUACUGUGGCAUAUUCCAUGGGAUAAAAUAUCCCAUAUGGAAGCUAGUUGUCAUCUGCCUUAAAAGUACUCUAUAACUAUUCCUUUUUUCGAUUCUGGCUUACCUAUUGUGAAUUGCCUUUAGCAAUUGCUGAAGUGGCAAAUCACUCUGAGCCUGAUGACCGCAAGUGUGUGAGACAACAAAAGGGGAAAGCCACAAAAUCUCAAGAUCUGUGCAUGUGUUCUUUUUCAUAUGCAACUAUGGGCGAAAUCCUAUACACAUUCAUGUGGGGGUAAGUUACAUUAAACUCAAUGGAACUUACUUCCGAGUAGAUAUGUAUAGGACUGUGCUGUUUAGGGAAAUUAUUGCGCUCAGGGCCUUUGAGAUCAUGGCCAUUGUGUAUAUCAUCAAUUUGCAGUUCUUCCCUUGAAAUGUGAUGUGAUCCAUUUAGAAUACAUCCAAAAGAAACCAUAAGCCUGGUCUUUGACAUUGAUUGGAAGUGUUCAUCUGGGAAUCGAAAUGAUGUACUUGUACAGUUCCUGUACCACAUUUUGUGUAAAGACUAAUGAAUGCAGAUGCGAAAACUUUCUAUUAACUCUGGUUACUUUCUUGUAUAU